UUUUAGUAAGAGAAGACCACAUAAUGGGUUCCGUUGUUGAAGAGAAGAUCAAAACAGGAGCUUUGGUUAAUGUCGGAGCACAAGCCACCCUGCUUGAGGAGAUGAAGUUAUUGAAAGAAAUGCAAGAUCAGUCUGGGACCCAGAAGGCUAUAAAUUCCGAGUUAUGGCAUGCCUGCGCAGGUCCACUUGUUUUCUUGCCUCAGGUGGGGAGUCUUGUGUAUUACUUCCCUCAAGGACACAGCGAACAGGUAGCAGUGUCAACAAAAAGAAUGGCGACGUCUCGAAUUCCCAACUAUCCUAAUCUUCCAUCUCAGUUGAUGUGCCAAGUUCGCAAUGUUACGUUACAUGCUGAUAGAGAUACAGAUGAAAUAUAUGCCCAAAUAAGUCUUCAAACAGUGAACUCUGAAAAAGAUGUCUUCCAUAUACCAGACUUUGGAUUUAAGCCCAGCAAGCAUCCAAGUGAAUUUUUCUGUAAAACUUUGACUGCAAGUGAUACAAGUACGCAUGGUGGUUUUUCAGUGCCGCGCAGAGCAGCGGAGAAGCUCUUUCCCCCAUUGGAUUACACAAUGCAACCACCAACUCAAGAGCUUGUUGUGCGAGACUUGCAUGAUAAUACCUGGACUUUUCGCCAUAUAUACCGCGGGCAGCCAAAGCGACACCUUCUUACAACUGGAUGGAGUUUGUUUGUUGGAUCAAAAAGGCUUAGGGCAGGUGAUUCUGUUCUCUUUAUCAGGGAUGAGAAAUCUCAGUUAUUGGUGGGUGUGAGGCGUGCAAAUCGUCAACAAACAACAUUACCGUCAUCUGUUCUAUCCGCUGAUAGUAUGCACAUUGGUGUCCUUGCUGCUGCCGCUCAUGCUGCUGCCAAUAGAAGCCCAUUCACAAUUUUCUACAAUCCAAGAGCCUGCCCUUCAGAAUUUGUCAUCCCUUUGGCUAAAUACCGUAAAUCUGUAUAUGGAUGUCAAGUCUCUGUUGGUAUGAGGUUUGGAAUGAUGUUUGAAACAGAGGAGUCAGGGAAACGUAGAUAUAUGGGUACAAUAGUUGGUAUUAGCGACUUGGAUCCUCUGAGAUGGCCUGGCUCGAAGUGGCGAAACCUUCAGGUUGAGUGGGAUGAACCUGGAUGUAAUGAUAAACAGAAUAGAGUCAGUGCAUGGGAAAUAGAAACUCCUGAAAGCCUCUUUAUUUUUCCUUCUCUAACUUCAGGUCUCAAGCGACCAUUAUAUCCUGGAAUUUUGGGAGUGGAAUCUGAAUGGGGAAGCUUGAUAAAAAGGCCCCUCCUCCAGUUUCCUGAAAAUGGAAAUGGGAAUCUUCCCUAUUCAAUCUCAAAUUUGUGUUCUGAACAACUGAUGAAGAUGAUGCUGAAGCCUCAGCCUGUUAACCCUCCAGGAAUUUUUGCAUCUACUUUGCAACAAACGUCUGCUGCAAAGGGAUCUCCAUUAGAAGAGAUGAAGAAUGUGCAGUCUACAAGCAAUCAGAAACCUCAGCUUAUCCAAACGGAAAAUCUGUUGAUAGAAAACCAAAAUCUUUCCCAGUUAGUCCCUUACCAACCCGAUCCCAUUAACUCAAAUUUGUCCAACAUAAAUGGUAAUGGGAGCCUACAUCCUGCAAAUAAAUUUGAAAGCCAAACACAAGCUAGGAGCAAAAAUGAAAAACUAAAGUUGGAACCAGAGCAUGCAACUGAUCAGUUAAGUCAGUUGACUUCAACAUCAAAAUGCAAUGAGGAAAAAUUGACUGCAAAUGCUAUAAGUCCAACUAUUUUGAACCAACUUUCUUUCCCUAACCAAAACCAGAUUCCAUGCCAGUUGCAAAAUAAUCCAGGGCCCAUUCAGUCGCAGUUGGAAUCAUCAUUAGUCCAAGCUCAUCAAUUGCAGGUAUCCCAAGCUGACAUUAGUACUUUAAGCAGCUUUCUUCCUUUCUUAGACACAGAUGAAUGGAUGUCAAACCUUUCUCCUUGCCAACCUCUUGCCGGGAAUUAUAGAUCACCUGGUUCUAUUCCAGAGAGUGGAUUACAAGACUCUUCAGUUAUCUUUCCUGAAGCAACUAAUCCUUUAACUACGGGGGGUCAGGAUACAUGGGAUCACCAGCUGAAUAAUUGUAGGUUUUUAUCCCAAGCAGACCAAUUAGCUUCAUUCACUCAGCAAGACCCAUGCGGUCUUAGUUCUGGUGAGGUCAGAGAUUUGUCUGAUGACAGCAAUAAUCAGAGUGGGAUAUACAGCUGUCUUAACAUUGAUGUUUGUAAUGGUGGUAGUGCUGUGAUCGACCCUUCUGUCUCCAGUGUCAUUCUCGAUGAGUUUUGUUCGUUGAAGGAGGCUGAGUUUCAGAAUCCUUCAGAUUGUUUGGUUGGAAACUUUAGUUCUAGUCAGGAUGUUCAAUCUCAGAUUACCUCUGCUAGCCUUGCAGACUCUCAGGCUUUCUCUCGACAAGACUUACCAGACAGCUCAGGUGGAACGUCUUCCAGCAAUGUUGAUUUUGAUGAGAGUGGCCUUCUGCUGAAUAAUUCAUGGCAGCAAAUGGCUCCACGUGUGAGAACAUAUACAAAGGUUCAGAAAGCAGGAUCCGUUGGAAGGUCUAUUGAUGUCAAUAGUUUUAAGAACUAUGAUGAACUAAUCUCUGCAAUUGAACGCAUGUUUGGACUUAAUGGGCUGCUUGAAGAUCCAAAAGGUUCAGGGUGGAAAUUAGUAUAUGUGGAUUAUGAGAAUGAUGUUCUGCUUGUAGGGGAUGAUCCUUGGGAAGCGUUUGUUGGGUGCGUCCGCUGCAUCAGAAUUCUAUCCCCUACGGAAGUACAACAGAUGAGUGAAGAGGGGAUGAAGCUUCUCAACAUUGCCACUGAAAUGCAUUAAUGGCUACAAUUCAGAAGGUUGCAAUGCUUAAAUAUUCACCAAGCUGAAUGUCAUUGCGGUCUUAGGUUACCCAAGGAUGCUCCAUUGUUUACUUAUAGAGAUGAAAAAUGGCAGGAGAGUCUCGGAUUACUGCAACCAGGUGGCUUUGGCUUGCAAUUCGGGUGCGAUCUUCUUUUAUCUUUCACUUGGUAGAAGUGGAAAAUGUAAUGUACGAAUUUAAAAUACAUUUUUCAGCAGGAAAUGAACUUCUAGCAAAUAGUAGUAUCAGAAAUCAGAACUUGAUGCAUGCUGAUGAUUGAUGAGAUAAUAUAUUUCCAAGAUCCAU